AUGGACCCUAAUGGGGGCUACAGCAACAAAAUUCCUAUCCUCAUGCUAAUGCCGAAUGCCACCUGUGCUCGUGAACUUCUCUUGCAAGGCGCUGACCCUAACUGUGCCGACCGUAGAGGUAGGACGCCCCUCGAGUUCGCUGUGAAAAGCACCUGGGAGCCAAAUUCAUUGCAUGUUGAGAUGCUUCUCGCGCAUGGAGCGAAGCUGGAACCGGACCUCCUGUGUGCCGCGGCGGCUCCGCGCGUGCCCCAAGGAGAGUUCAUGACAAGGUUUCUUCUAGAGAAGGGCCUCGAACCGAAUACAGCCUCUGCCAAAGAUGGAAGUAUCUUGCACUACGCUGUAUGGUCUGACCCGGUACAGAUGGCUAGGAGAAUAGACUGUCCUGAGCUCCGGCAGUCUAUCCUCGCGCUUUUCCAGAUCCGAGGCGUGGACGACGGCGAAGAUGGUGUUGAAGGAGCUGAUUGA